GCGUUAUGCGUUUCAUAUCUUAGAGUUUUGUCUUCCAUUUCUCUAUUCUUCCUCUUCAGGUGCAUUAAGAUGCUACAAAUGUGAUACCGAAUCUUCAUGUCAGUCACCUGAGCAGAAGACCUGUGACGAUGACUUUGACGCAUGUGUACUAAAGACAACAUGGAAAGGUGAUUUAUACAGAGAAAUGGCGAUGUACCGUUACUGCGGCUACGCUUCGGAAUGCCCACGGACAUCCCCAGACAGGACACCUAGCUGCAACCAAACAGAGGACACACUCACAUGUACAAUGUGCUGUCAAGAUGCGGACUUCUGCAACAAUGGUGGAGAAGGAAAGAUACUUCGACCGCCACCAUACCCACCCGUACCCACUCCAUUGGUGAAACGAUUAGCAGAAAACGUGUGCACGCCCGAGGGCGAGUCGCCCACGUGCGCGACGUCUAUGUCGUGGACAGAAGAGAGCACGGUCGUCAAUGUACUGGCCGUAUGCGGAGAGCCCGCCACCAACGAUGUACCAUACACACUAACAAGUAGUGACAAUGUUUGUACGAACAAUAACGAAGACGAUACGGGAUUCUGCGUUACAUGCUGUACUGAUGGAAAAUGCUCAGGCUCUACGUCAACUAGCCAAUCAGCGAUACCUUUACUCAUUCUCGCCUGCUCAUUGGUCAGAUGGCUCUUUAUAUCAUGACACCAUUGUGACGUACUUGUAAUAUUUAAUGAUAAAACUCAUGUGGAACCACCGAUAUUUUCAACGCUUUCGUAUAACUGAUGUUUCAUAUUGAUAUAGCAGUCUCAUUUUUACUCUUCAUCAAAGGACUUGCUCAAAGUAUUGUACGCCGUUGACAAACUGAAUGGAAGAUAAAAAGGUUGUCAAAUACAAGUUUUUGGUGAUCAUUUGGAAUUCGUCAAAUUUAGCUUUAACUCGCAUAUCGAAUAUCAUUCUUUGGAGGAGCCAGGAUGCAGGCCUACCCUAAAAUAUUGUUAAAAAUAUAUAUAUAUAUAUAUAUGGAUAAAUCUAUGAAUAUGAUAAAUCUUACUAGAAUAUUCGGAACUGUGGGGGUGCCCAGAUAAAUACCCUUCUUGAUUCUUUAGACGGAGUGCAGUCUGUUGCAAACGCGUGGAACUAUAAAGGCCCGGUCACACCGCCAGAACUUUGUUGGACCGUUCCUUGAACGGUAGGGAGGGCCGAAUAUCGACAACGCUCGUCACCGUGCACAAAAUGGGAAAAAGAUAGAAAACAUAGGCGUUGCCUUAGCGGUGCACCACUGAAGCGGGCAAACCAAAGUUCAUCUCCGAAAUGGAUCGCUGCUUGAACGCCCGACACCGUUCCAGCAAUCCCGUGUCCGCUCGUAAAACGCUUACAACCGCUCCACAAAAGUUUGUGCAUCGUUUAAUCACCGCCUGGGCAAAGCAGUGGUGGUCCAGCGUUCAAUAUUUCUGCGUUGGCCUAGCGGAACCAAGUGCCACGAAGUACGUCUAGCGGUGCCAAACUUUGACUGGGCGUUGUUGGAGCGGUGGUGAAGUUUGCCGGAGCGGAAAACUGCCCGUUCCUCACUGCUCGCAAUAUUUUGUGCAGCUCCAAACUUUCGGAGCGACCAUCAUGCAGCAGUGGCAUAGCGUAUAUACGGCGUUGCCUUAACGGGGACCAACUUCUGUUAAACUGUGGUGAACGGUAACGAGCGGUAAUGAUUUUUUUUUCACCGCUCCAGGAACGCUCCAACAAAGUUCUGGCUGUGUUACCAGACCUCUAUCGUCUUUUAAUGCAGCUCUACUCUUAAUUUGUUAGUUAUUGAUUUUAUAGCAAGUACUGUGAAGUAUAAUUUUUCGAGUGUAUUCGUGCUGAGGUAACGACAAAUAUGACGAUGCAGUUGACUUGAUGAUUAUGACGGUGACGAUGAUGGUGGUGAUGACGAGGAUGACUAUGAUGAUGGUGAUGAUGAUGCUGCUGCUGAUGAUGAUGAUGAUUAUGGCGGUUGUGGUGAAGGUGAUAGUGGUGGAGGUGGUGAUGAUAAUAAUUUCGCUGGUGGUAUAGUGAUUAUGAUGACAAUGAAGAUGAUGAGGAUGGUGGUGGUGAUGAUGAUGGUGGUGGUGGUAUUGGUCGUCGUGGUGGUGACGAGGAUGAUAAUGAUGGAGAUGAUGAAGAUUAUGCCGAUGAUGACGGUGAUCUUGAUAUUAAUAGAGUAAGAAAGAUUUUUUUAGAUGUUUGGCGAUGAUCGUGACAUCGCAUAGUGUAUAAUAGAGAAAAUAUUAUGCUGCCAGUCUUUACGUUGUAUGGCUGAAUUAGAUAGAAAUUUAUAUUAUACAUAAAUAUGCAAAUAAGAAAGCGUUGUUUGAAAAAUGUGUUCGACUUACUAUGAAUUAAAUGCUAUCCUCUGUAUUAACACGGUGAUGGCAAUGGCUGAUUAUAAAACAAUAAUAAUUUGUACGAUGUUAAGUGUUAAUGGAAACGCGGUAAAGAUAAAUAACCCCAUUUUAAUCUGGGUGAUGUAUAGGUGUAUGAUAUAUUCAUAUAUGUAUAUUGGUCAAAAAUUGCUGUUACCUACCGACAAUUAAAAUCGCUGUGCUAUUUCUAUAUGCUUAUAAUUUUUACGCCAACACUAUUUUCUCGUUAUCGCGGUGUUAUGUGAAAACAUUUCUUUCCAAGCAGUAUCAGUUUUUAUAUAUGAAAUGAAAACGGAGAACAGAGCAAUAAUACGUUUGUGUAAAUUUAAAUUAUAGACAUGGGAAUACAAAAGAAUAUAACCAAACUAGUACAAUAAGACAUGCGCGGGAUUCUGAUGAUUUGCAAAUAUAAUUUUUUUUAACCAGUGAGUUUUUAUUAAAAAAACGGCUGGUGUUUUAUCAUUGUAUUUUUUCAAUGAUUACUUCAGACAACAUCGUCAUCAUUUGUAAGGUCGAUCAGUUGCACAGGGAGUGUUUGUUUCACAUGUACUAGGUUAGUAAUGAAUUAGAGGAUUAGAUAUCAUAUACCAUUGUAUAUAAACAGAAUAUUUAUACCUACGACUUUGUAUAUAAUUUUUAUACUGGUGAUAAAAUCAUGAAUAGUUAUGGAUAAACAUGAUAUAGAUCGUGAUGUAUUAAAACGGCAUGUAUUACUUUGAAAUUUUGCUACAAGAAUAGAAUAAAUAUAAUAAUCAAGAUUGAGUUUAGGUAUGAUUAUUUUGCGUGUGUGUUUUGAUGAUAAAGGAAGUAGGGA